AUGGACAAGGGGAUGGGUGUGGACAUGGACGCUUUCAAGAACUACAUCGUUGUUGUCGACGUUGGGUCGAAAGGGACGCGGGCACACGUAUAUGCCUGGUCAUCGAUUAGGGAGAAACUCCUAGAGACGAGCGGUGGAGGUGGUGAUGUCAAGGUUAAACUGUCGUUUCCCACUCUGGAGUAUGUGAAAAAUGCUUCCAAGAAAGUCAAGCCGGGGAUACACGAGUAUGUGGCGGAGAACGGCGUUGAUGAAGACGACAUUCGACGGUAUUUGGACCAUUUGUUGGGGAAGACGUUGCAGAAUGUCCCUCGGGAACAACACUAUAGAACUCCAAUAUUCUUCCAUUCAACAGCCGGUAUACGCACGUUGAAUUUAGAGGCUCAGAAUGACUUGAUGGAGGAGAUUUGCUCUUAUUUGAAGGAGUACACUGAUUUCUUCAUUCCGGAUUGUAAGUCCCAUAUUAAUGUACUACCGGGGGAAAUUGAAGGCCUAUACAGUUGGAUCACGCUCAAUUAUCUACUGAGAGGAAACGACGAUGAUAGUGUUGAGAGUGGUGAUAAAAGCUCGUUUGGUAUGUUACAAUUAGGGGGUGGCUCCACUCAAAUCUGUUAUGAGGAUAAUAAAGAUUACACCCUUGAUUUAGUCCUGGACGAUACGUACAAUUUGUAUUCAACUUCAUUUCUAGGAUUUGGACUAAAACAGCUUCACGAACAGUACUUGGAAACUCUAGUUAUAUCAAACACAGAUGUGGAUCCGUGCUUACCCAGGGGUGAGGAAUUGAGGACAACAAUUAGUGGAGAAAAAUAUUUAAUCAAGGGUUCAGGCGAUUUCAACCAGUGCAGAGAUAAAAUAUACAACCAAAUCAUCAAAAAUAUUGAGAAUUGCUCAGAAUAUUUAUCAAACGCAGAUCCAAACACCUUCCAGAUUUCCAGUUGUAUAUUAGAUUCAAAACUUGAUUUAGAUCAAUUCAUUGCAAUUUCAGGAUUCUCAGACACGAUUAAAAAAUUGGCUGACUGGUCAGACAUUUCUUUAGAUGAAACAAACAAUGGAAUGGUUUAUAAUUCCCAGAGAUUACUGCAAUCUACAAUUGAUCUAUGUAAUUCGCCCAUCCAAAAUGUGGAAAAUGACGAAAUCAACCUUUGUUUUAACUCAGUCUAUGUAUUUUCCUUAUUACAUUCUGGAUUUGGUCUAGGGUUAGAUGAAUCGAUAACAAUCAACGAUGAGUUCAAGAACUUCAAAUUUACCUGGACUUAUGGGAGGGCUUUACUAUACGCAUACGAUGAUGCCAAACGAGAAUACGACGAAUUCUAUGAUAUUAUUGAUGAUACAAAACAAAUUGGUUAUAAAUACAAACUCUCACCAACAAAGUUCAUCAAAGGUUCCGAGCAGUCUGGCAUUGAGCCCAGACCUAGCUUUGAGAUGCAAUCAUCUUACCCAACUUUUACAUCUCCCCCAACCUCGCCAUCAACUGGUAGCUCGAAUGAAGAGUUUGAUGAUUUAGAGGAAAACGUCAGUGUACCAAGUCAUUCUAAGUAUGGUUUAAUUUUCACAAUAAUAUUGGUUAUCAUGUUUUGUCUACUUCCACUAACCAGGAAUUUCAUUGCCCAAUUGUUACGGAAACUGAAAAUAAAACUACUGGGUUUUAAAUCAUUGAAUGCUUCGAGGAAAUCAACAAUGAAUAACCAGCAAGAUUUAGAGAUGUUCAGUUUGGACAACGAUUUAGAAAACAACGAGAUUGACGAAUUCAAUGUAUCGGAUCAAGAAGAUUGGGAUAACGAUAGUGACGGUAUCGAACGUGCACUAUAG